AUGGAGACCAACGAGUCUACGGAGGGAUCGCGGUCGCGGUGAGAAUCUUUAGACAUACAGCCCAGCUCCGAAGAACUGGGGCCCACUUCGGAACCGUUUCCUUCUUCAGAUGACAGUCCUAGGUCGGCCCUGGCAGCUGCAACCGCAGCAGCUGCAGCGGCUGCAUCAGCUGCUGCAGCUACCGCAGGCUUCACCACCACCAAAGCAGCUGCAUUAUCUACAAAGACCCCAGCGCCCUGCUCUGAGUUCAUGGAGCCAUCCUCUGGCCCCAGCCUUCUUGGGGAGCCCUGUGCGGGACCCAGCUUUACCCACAAUAUAGCCCAUGGGAGUCUUGGCUUUGAGCCCGGCUAUGUUUCCUGUAUUGCUCAGGACCCUUGCACUACAACCGACCAUAGUUCUAACUCUGACGUUGUUCCAGGCUCUAGCUCUGGGCCUGUUCUUGGCUCCAGCUCAGAUGCUGGCCAUGGCUCUGGCUCUGGCUCUGGUCCUGGUCAUGGCUCUGUCCCUGGCUCUGGCUCUGGCUCUGGUCCUGGCUGUGGCUCUGUCCCUGUCUCUGGCUCUGGUCCUGGUCAUGGCUCUGGCUCUCAUCCUGGUCCUGCCUCUGGGCCUGGUCCAGGUACUGGCCCUGACUCUGAGCUCAGCCCCUCUAUUCCUCCAGGGUUCAGAAACCUGGGGGCAGAUCGAGUCCCUAACUAUACCUCCAGGAGUCAGCACUGCCCCUGGGAGCCCCAGAAACAACCACCUUGGGAAUUUUUGCAAGUUUUAGAACCGGGUACCCGAGGACUAUGGAAACCCGCAGACAUUAAAGGGAAGCCUACGAUUCACUAUGAAACAUUGCCACGGGGCCAGUGCCUCCUCUACAACUGGGAGGAAGAGAGAGCCACCAACCACCUGGAUCAAGUCCCAAGCAUGCAGGAUGGCUCUGAGAGUUUUUUCUUCCGACACGGACACCGGGGACUGUUGACUAUGCAACUAAAGUCACCCAUGCCCCGCAGCACCACCCAGAAAGACUCCUACCAGCCACCAGGAAAUGUCUAUUGGCCACUUCGAGGGAAGCGUGAAGCCAUGCUGGAGAUGCUUCUGCAGCAUCAGAUCCGUAAAGAGGUACAGGCAGAACAGGAACCCACAAGGAAGCUCUUUGAGGUCGAGUCUGUGACACACCAUGACUACCGAAUGGAGCUGGUGCAAUCAGGGACUCCUGCCCCAGCAAAGCCUCACGACUACCGCCAGGAGCAGCCUGAGACCUUCUGGAUACAGAGGGCACCACAGCUACCGGGUGUCAGUAACAUCAGGACAUUGGAUACACCUUUCCGGAAGAACUGCAGCUUCUCAACACCAGUACCCUUGUCUCUGGGGCAACUUUUGCCCUAUGAACCUGAGAAUUACCCCCACCAACUGGGAGAAAUCUCUUCCCUUCCCUGUCAGAGAGGAAGGCUGGGUGGUGGAGGGGGUGAAUGACUCCUGUCAGGGGUGAGGAGGGAAGUGGGAUAUGGAAUAUGGAAUCUAUUUCUGUCUGCACUAGAGAGGUCAGGAGGCAGUUAAUUCUCACUGUACUUGAAGAGGCUUUACAUAAAGGGUUCUCUCUCAUCCCAAGA